GGGCUGAACACGGGGAGAGACUAUCGAGGGGUGGGGCUGUCGCCGCAGUGAUCAUCGAGCGCCGGAAGUGCUUGAAUCGCGGGGUAUCUAUAUUCUUUCUCCGAGUGAAACUUCAGAUCUCUCUUCCUGGAUUUGUGCCUUGGCUUCUUGAAUCCUCAAUCGUUCAGCCCAGGGGGAAUCACUUGUCGAUAGAUAGUUGACGAUUCAGGAAAAAGAAGGAAUCUUAGUGUUUCUUGGUACAAUUUUCGCGUUGUUCAACCAGAAACUCUAGAAUUUUCCCAUACUGGUGUAGAGAUUUGUGAAUCACGGAAUUUGGGAACAAAACAAGAGUUUUUGUUCUUUUGGUUCAGUUCGUAUUGGAAUUCUAGUAUUCGGUUACGCCAACCCAGUUAUUGGAAUUAUAGCUUUCUGUUCCAUUGAAAUUUAAUCGUAUUUAUCCGAUUCUAAUACGUGAUCAUCUCAAAUAUACUAUUUGUUUUUAGCUUUAAUAUUAUUGAUCUUCUAAAAGCAAGACAGUAUUGCUGUGUCAACACAAUGCAUCUGUUUUCCAUUUAAUAUCUUUGUUUUAUUCAGAAAUGGACAGGUUAUUUAAUUCUUUACCUCGGUAGUUGAGACAUUAGUCAAGGUGAUGCUUCAAAUGGAAACAAAAGAGAAGAGGGAAGUAUACAGCUGUGAGUUCAAAUUGAGGGAGAAUCCUCUGAAGAGAAAAGACAAAGUUUAUGUUGGUUGUGGAGCAGGCUUUGGCGGGGAUAGACCACUGGCAGCUCUCAAAUUGCUUCAAACAGUCAAAGAACUUGAUUAUCUUGUGCUUGAAUGUUUGGCAGAGAGGACACUUGCUGAACGCUAUCAACAUAUGAUGGCUGGGGGAAAAGGUUAUGACUCUCGAAUAUCAGAUUGGAUGUCUAUGCUUCUACCUUUGGCUGUAGAAAGAGGAAUUUGUCUAAUUACUAAUAUGGGUGCAGUGGAUCCACUUGGUGCACAGCAAGAAGUUCUGGACAUUGCAAGUAAACUUGGACUAAGUAUUACUACUGCAGCCGUAUAUGAAGUUUGCCAGGAGAAAUCAGGGCCUCAUCUUUCGAAAAAAGGAUAUGGUCUGUGGGAAGGGGGCAUAAGUACAUACUUAGGCGCUUCUCCAAUUGUUCAGUGUUUGGAGAGGCACAAACCACACGUUGUCAUUACUUCCAGGAUUGCUGAUGCUGCACUAUUCUUAGCUCCAAUGGUGUAUGAACUGGGUUGGAACUGGAAUGACUUCAGUCUGCUAGCACAAGGGACCCUAGCUGGCCAUCUUUUAGAGUGUGGUUGUCAACUCACUGGUGGAUAUUUCAUGCAUCCAGGAGACAAGUAUCGAAAAUUUUCUUUGGAACAGCUUUUGAAUUUGUCACUUCCUUAUGCUGAGAUUGGUUAUAAAGGAGAAGUAUGUGUAGCCAAGGCAGAAGGUAGCGGAGGACUUCUCGACAACAGUACAUGUGCCCAGCAGCUUCUUUAUGAGGUUGGAGAUCCUAGUUCCUAUAUAACUCCUGAUGUGGUUAUAGAUUUGAGAAAUGUCUACUUCUGCCCAUUAUCGAAUGAUAAAGUUCUCUGCUAUGGGGCAAAGCCUUCUAGUGUUCAAUUUCCUGAUAAGCUUCUGCAAUUGGUUCCAGUGGAUUGUGGAUGGAAAGGCUGGGGAGAGAUAUCGUAUGGAGGAUUUGGAUGUAUAAGACGCGCCGAGGCUGCAGAAUAUCUGGUUAGGUCAUGGGUGGAAGAAGUAUAUCCAGGAAUUGGAGAUUGUAUCAAAUCAUAUAUUGUUGGACAUGAUAGCCUGAAAGCAACUGCAACCCAUGAGGGCAGUUUCUCCAUGGAGCAAAUGGAUAUUAGGCUUCGCAUGGAUGGUUUGUUCAAGUUGAAGGAGCAUGCAGUUUGCUUACUUCAAGAGUUUACAGCUCUCUAUACAAAUGGGCCAGCUGCUGGUGGUGGUAUUUGCACCGGGCACAAGAAGGAAAUAGUUCUUCAGAAGCAACUGGUUGAACGCGAAAACAUUUUCUGGGGAUUUGAAAUAAAGAAAUCAAAGCUUAUAGAUCCAUCCAAGAAGGAAGCUAUACAUGAUGGAUCAGAUCCUAUCAACACUGUAAGAGAAGAAAAUAAAGUUCUGCUCAUCUCAACCAGCACCUCUAUCAGUGGUGCGAUAUCCUCAGCACUCACAGCUGCUGCUCCAUCCAACAAGAAGAUUCGUCUCUAUCAAGUCGCCCAUAGCAGGGCUGGGGACAAAGGAAAUGACUUGAACUUCUCCAUCAUCCCUCAUUGUCCGAAAGACAUUAAUAGGCUUAAACAAGUUAUAACAAAAAGUUGGGUCAAAGAUGUGGUUUCAUCCCUCCUUGAUUUCUCCUCCUUCCCCAGUGCUGAAGCUAUUGAGCAGAGAAACAAGAAGAUGGAGCAGGUGACAGUCGAAAUUUAUGAGGUCCCAGGCAUCCACUCUCUCAAUGUUGUCACACGGAAUAUUCUUGAUGGUGGCGUUAACUGUUCCCGGAGGAUAGACCGGCAUGGCAAAACUAUAUCUGACCUCAUCCUGUGUCAGGAAGUCAUCUUGCCUCCGUUAACAACUGAUGAUGUAUAGUUUUCAUGUGUGCCUUGUUGAAUCUGUAUUCGCAAAUGCUAGAUUAAAGCAGACCCAUAUCAUUCAAUCUGAAUCUAUCCUUGGCAUCAAAUGGCAAUUUGUGGAAUGAUAACUAUGUGGACUUUGAAAGUAAUUCUCAUUUCUACUUCUUGCUGCA